CUUUACCGCGUGGGACCGCUGCUGGGGAGAGGCGGCUUCGCGUCCGUGUACUCGGGGCUCCGCCUGUGUGACAACAGCCCGCCCAGCGGCACUCGCAUUCCCAUGGAGAUAGCCAUGUUGAGGAAGGUGCGCUCCGGCUGCAGUGCCAUCAUCCAGCUCCUCAGUUGGUUUGAGCUGCCCCACUCCUUUGUGCUGGUUCUGGAGCGUCCGGAGCCAUCGCAGGACCUCUCCGACUUCAUCAAAAAACGGAGGUUCCUGCCCGAGGAUCUGGCGCGGGGCAUUUUCCUCCAGGUGCUGGUGGCUGUGCGGCACUGCCACAGCUGCGGUGUCCUGCACAGGGAUAUCAAGCCCAAGAACAUCAUCAUCAACUUGGCCACCAGAGAGGUCAAGCUUAUUGACUUUGGUUGCAGCACCCUCCUCAGGGACACGGUCUACACCACAUUUAGCGGUGAGCCCACAGCCCAUGGCCUCCCGGACCCACAACUGCCUCCCAAAUGA